AAAUAUCAACAGGGUAUUCAUGCACCCAGGAUGACAAAUAAUAGGCAUCGGGUCCAAUACAACACCUCUGCAUCCACGAAGAUCCUAUCACCGGCUUAACGGUCAUGAUAUACUACUACAAGUGAAUGGUGUAGUUCUAACUUGUCUCGUUAACAUGAUGAGAUGUACGAAAAAUGAACCCGGUCUAUUUGAAGACGGGAGAUGUUCCCCUACGAGCGUAAUUAGGUAGCCGCGAUCGGAAAUCAUAGAAACUACGGAUUUUCAUCAAAGCUCAGAAAACGUGGAGUUAAUGCCGGUGUUAAGUUUAACCAGGAGAUAGAUGAGCUCAAACCCGGUGUUUAAUCCAAAUCCAGGAGAUCUGUGAGUACCAGGGUUAAUGUCGUCCCCAAUAAAAGCCGUGGAUAUCGCUUAGUCUUGGGGAUAAGAAGUUAGAGGUGGCACACUAUCAUUAUCUCUCACCAUGCAGUCUAUCAAAGUUUACCAUGCUCCGUCUGGCCAAGGACCCAAUCCAUGGAAGGUCGUUAUUGUGCUCGAAGAACUGGGCUUGCCGUGGGAGAUCGUCUGGAUCCCGUACGGCGAAAUCAAGUCCGAACCGUACACGUCCUUGAACCCGAACGGUCGACUGCCGGCCAUGGUCGACCCUAAUAAAAACGUAACGCUUUGGGAAACCGGCGCCAUAAUCAACUAUCUUGUCGCCACCUACGACAAGGACCUUCAGCUCACGUACGGAGAUGACAGAUUCGAGGAAAAGUGGCUGCUCCAGAGCUGGCUGAUGUUCCAGAUGAGUGGCCAGGGGCCAAUGUUCGGGCAGAAGAUAUGGUUCACCCACAUCCACGUAGAGCAGAACCUGCAGACGGCCAUAGACCGGUACGGAAACGAGUCCAAGCGCAUCAUGGGCGUCGUAGAAGGCACCCUGCGCAAACAGCGGCAAAAGCUGGGUCUCGCGGCCGACGACCCGGUCUGGCUCGUCGGCGACAAAUGCACCUACGCGGACCUCGCGUUCGUCCCCUGGAACACACUGUUGGGUAGUAUGUUCCCCGACGGCUCCCUGGACCUGGCGAAGGAGUUUCCCGAGUACUACCGCUGGCACUUGAACAUGACCGGGAGGCCGGGGACGAAGAAGGUCUUGGAGUACAGGGAGGAGUGCAUACGCUCGAUGUCGGACACUGGGGCGCAGGUCGUCUCGAGGCAGAAGGAUGCUAGGCAGCUUCCGAAGUAUGAGAAGUCUGUCGGCGUUGAUAACGCUUGAAAGGGGCUUUGGUUACACCGGAGAGGUCUAAUCUAAGGUACUUCCUGGUGCUGGAGAAGUAGAAACAAUUUAUAGAAACUUGCCU